CAUCUCGUCCAGCGCCAUCCUCUUUUGCUGCUAGCAGCUCUGAGCUAAGAGCAACUCUAGCAGAGACUCCUUUUUCAUCUCGUCCAGCGCCAUCCUCUUUUGCUGCUAGAAGCUCUGAGCUAAGAGCAACUCUAGCAGAUCUCUGCUAGAGUUGCGAGUUGCUCUACGGGGGAAACCUGCAUAAUAUUGAUUGUAAGGACGAGAGCAAGGCAGCCAUGGAACUGGCGACGGGAGCCAUGGCCCCCCUCCUCCUCAAGCUGGCCGACCUGCUCAAGGAGGAGUACAAGCUGCACAAGGACCUCAGGAAGGAAGUGGAGUCUCUCUCACUAGAUCUCGAGAGCUUGCACGGCGCCCUCCACAAGGUGGCUCAGGUGCCGCGCGACCAACUCGACGAGCAGGUCUGGAUCUGGGCCCGUGAGGUCAGGAAGGCGUCGUACGCCAUGGAGGACAUCGUCGACUCCUUCCUGGUACGCGUGGACGGCGGCCAUGACCAUGAAGCCGAGGCCAAGAAGACUGGCCUCAGGCGGUUCAAGGACAAGACGAGGAACAUGUUCAACUUGAAGAAGCUGGCAGACCGCCGUAGCAUCGCUGGCAAGAUCCAAGACAUCAAGAAUCAACUCCAGGCUAUAGCCUUGCGGCGUUCCAUGUACAGAGUCGACGAUAUCGUGGCCAAGCCUGCCGCGACAACACUAACCAUGGAUGAUCCCCGCCUCUUGGAUCUGCAGAGAGUGACAAAGCUCUUUGGCAUUGAAGAACCACGGGAGAAGCUCAUAAGUAUGUUGUUCGAGGGGGAGGAUAGUCACGGUGCGCACAAAGAGAUGAAGAUAGUCUCCAUCGUCGGAUAUGGCGGACUUGGCAAAACCACCCUUGCCAAAGCUGUUUAUGAUAAGCUGAAGGUGAAAUUCCAGUGUGUGGCUUUUGUUCCAGUCGGUCAGUAUCCAGACAUGAAGAAAAUUUUCUUGGACAUUCUAAUUGGCCUUGACAAGGAAAAAUAUACGAAUGCCAAUAUGAUGAUAUUGGAUCAGUAUCAGCUCAUCAGUGAAAUAAAAGGAUUUCUCCAAGAUAAGAGGUACUUCAUUGUUAUUGAUGAUAUAUGGGAUACACCAACAUGGGAAUUGAUAACAUGUGCUUUUGUUGAUAAUUAUCUUGGAAAUGUGGUAAUCACAACUACUCGCAAAUCAAAAGUUGAUAUGGGUGGUGUUGUUUAUACACCAAAAGUGCUUUCUUAUAGUGACUCCAAAAAGUUAUUCUAUACAAAAGUAUUUGGUAAAGAGGAAUGUCCUGAGAAAUAUAAAUCAGCUGGCGUGUAUGAUAAAAUUACUGAGGUGUCUGAAAAAAUUCUGAAGAAAUGCAAUGGUUCACCAUUAGCCAUCGCUACAAUAGCUAGUGUGCUAGCUAAGAAACCAAUCUUGGAAUGGUCACAUGCCUACAACACUAUAGGUUUUGGGAAUGAUGAAGAUGACUCACAAGUUAAGAGAACAAUGAAGAUAUUGUCUUUUAGCUAUUAUGAUAUGCCAUUGCAUCUAAGGGCUUGCUUAUUAUAUUUAAGCUUAUUUCCAGAGGAUUUAUUCAUCCUCAAAACAAUGUUGAUAUGGAUGUGGAUAGCCGAAGGCUUGAUUCAUGAUAAAGAAGGGGUAGGUCUAUUUGAGCUUGGAGAAAUAUAUUUUAAUGACCUUGUUAGUAGAAACAUGAUCAUGCAAGAGGACACAACGACACACAAAGGCUUCCUUAAUGGUUGCCGUGUCCAUGACAUUGUACUUCAUCUCCUUCGUUCCUUGUCAAAAGAAGAAAACUUUGUCACUAUAUUGGAUAAAGGGCAGCACGCAUCUGUUGACAGCCGACGAGUUUCCAUCGAAAAGCUCGGCUUAGACAAAAUCAGUAAUCAGGCUGUUAUGGACAUGCCACAAGUGAGGUCAGUUACUGCCUUUGGAGGUCUUAUGAACGCAUUGCCCCCACUGUCUAGUUUCCCUGUGUUGCGUGUACUGAAAGCUGCUUGGAACUCUGUUUUGGAAGAAUGCAAUUAUCUCGAGGAACUUGGGAGCUCACCACACCUUCGGUACAUCAAUCUAAUGUAUACACGAACACGUCAACUCCCGAAAGAUAUUGGUUAUCUAAAGUUGCUGCAGGUAUUGGACAUAACUGGCACUAGGAUCGAAGAACUGCCGGAAAGUAUGGCCCAGCUACAGGGAUUGAUGUGCCUACAUGCUGACCGUAAGACAAGGAUGCCUGAUUGGCUUGGAAAGCUGACUUCCCUGCAGGAGCUGUGGAUUUGGCCUGCUGCGGAGAAGUAUGCACGCUUUGUGGAAGAGCUGCGCAAGCUGAGGGCGUUGAGGGUGCUGGUAACAUGGAAUGCUCCGCCUGCUGAUGAAAGCGUGGAGACAGACUUGCUGGAGGCUUUACGCAGCCUGCACAAGAUCAUGGUUAUAGAUAUUGGUCUCCGCAGUACAUUUCCAAAGGGGAGUGUGAGAAAGACAUGCAAAGAAGGCUUCGUCCUCUCACUACAUCUCCGUCGCCUGAUUCUAGGUGGCAUCCAGUUCUCAAGGCUUCCGGGGUGGAUUAGUCCCUUGCGUCUUCCCAACCUCUGCGACCUAGAAGUGCAUGUGUAUGGUGUGGAACAGCAGGAUAUGGAUAUCAUUGGAGAUUUCAAAUAUCUGGAUAAUCUGCUCCUUUUCAUGGUGAGCAAGAAAACUCGAGACAAGGAAAUUUUGACCUGUGGUAGUGGUGCAUUCCAGAAUCUGAGGCGAUACCAUAUUAACCGACAGGUCAUGUUUCUGCAUGGAUCUAUGCCAAGGCUUGAAGAUGUUCGUUUGCAAAUCCGUGUGUGCGAAGUGAAACGUGUCAGCCCUGAUUUCGACUUCGACUUGGGCUUGCUUAACCUCCCUGCUAUUCAGCAAGUCAAGGUACAUAUUGGCUGUGCAUUCUCCCGUGGUGUGGACGUGGAGGAAGCGGAGGCUGCUUUGAGGCAGGCAGUCCACAUGCAUCCAAACAGUCCCACAUUUGAAAUAUGUAGGGAUCUGGAAGAGGUAUCAGAAUUUUAA